GUCAGAGCUCCUGCAGACCUAGAUCAGUGUUGUGUGCAUUCUUAGACUGAUCAUCACAUGCAACCAUGGUAUUUCAACAGGAGCAGACCCCAUCAUCUCCAGUAUUCAGUCCAGUUCAGCUGCCCAUCAUGCCGGGAAACAGUGCACUGUCUCCAGACUCUGCUCUGGCAGCAGACAUCUUUGAUCACUAUUGUGCAGCUCAGACUUUCAAAGGCAUCUUGAGCCAUUACAGAAGAUUGUGUGCAACUUUGAACCUAAAACCUGGCAAAUUCCCAGUAUUCUACCCUAAACUGAAGUCAAAGCUGAAGUCUUGGAAGGCUCAGGGAUUGUUUGCCAAGUUUGACAAGAGGGCAUCACACAAAUGCUACAAUCAAGGGAAAGCAUGUGCCAGCACCAAGGUCCUGGUGAUCGGCUGCGGCCCGUGCGGGCUGCGCGCCGCCAUCGAGGCCCAGCUGCUCGGCGCGCGCGUGGUCGUGCUCGAGAAGCGCGACCGCUUCAGCCGAAACAACGUGCUCCACCUGUGGCCCAUGGUCAUCCACGACCUGAAGGCGCUCGGCGCCAAGAAGUUCUUCGGCAAGUUCUGCGCGGGUGCCAUCGAUCACAUCAGUAUCCGGCAGCUGCAGUGUAUCCUGCUGAAGGUGGCCCUGCUGCUCGGGGUCGAGGUGUACGAGAACGUCGGCUAUGAGGAGCUGGUGGAGCCGUCUGACGAGCGGACCGGCUGGCGCGCGCGACUCAGCCCGCCCGACCACCCGGCCGCCGACUUCCAGUUCGACGUGCUCGUCGGAGCCGAUGGAAAACGAAACACCUUCAAAUGCUUCCGCCGCAAGGAGUUCCGCGGGAAGUUGGCCAUCGCCAUCACGGCCAACUUCGUGAACCGUCGCACCGAGGCGGAGGCGCGCGUCGACGAGAUUUCGGGCGUGGCGUUCAUCUUCAACCAGAAGUUUUUCCGGGACCUGUACGAUGCGACCGGUAUCGAGCUGGAGAACAUCGUCUACUACAAGGACGAGACGCACUACUUUGUCAUGACGGCGAAGAAACAGAGCCUGCUGGCCAAGGGAGUCAUCAUUCAGGACUUCAUGGACACGAACCGUCUGCUGUCUCCGGAGAACGUCAACCGUCAGAAGCUGAUGCAGUACGCCCGCGAGGCGGCCGACUUUUCGACCGAGCACCGUCUGCCGCAGCUGCCGUUCGCGCUCAACCACUACGGCCGCGAGGACGUAGCCAUGUUCGACUUUACGUGCAUGUACGCUUCGCAGAACGCUGGGAAGGUGAUGGAGCGGCACGGUCACAAACUGCUGCUGCAGCUGGUGGGCGACAGUCUGCUGGAGCCGUUCUGGCCGACGGGCAGCGGGUGCGCACGCGGCUUCCUGUCCUGUUUCGACGCGGCCUGGCAGAUGCGCUCCUGGGCGAACCCGCGAGUCACCACGCUGGAGUGUCUGGCCGAGCGCGAGUCCAUCUACCGGCAGCUGGCGCAGACGACACCGCGCAACCUCAGCUGCGAGUACCACGGCUACACGCUCGACCCGCGCACCAGGUACCCGAACCUGAACCGGGCCUCGGUCAGCCCGUACCAGGUCCGAGAUCUGGUGGACACGGACUGCCCCGAGUCGCUGCAGCGAGAGCUGACGAUCGUCAGUGACACCGAGCGCGCCGCCGAGCGGCCGGCCAAGAAGGCCCGCAAGGAGCCGCUGCAGCCCGACAUGCUGCUCAAGUGGUGCCAGAAGCAGCUGGCCCUGACCGAGAUCCAGGUCACCGACCUCACGCUCAGCUUCAAGUCAGGUUUGGCGCUGUGCGGCAUUCUCCACAAGUACCGCCCGGACCUGGUAGACCUCUCCUCCCUGGACCGGGACGACCCGCUGGCCAACACCACCCUAGCCUUCUCCCUGGUGGAGAGCGAGCUCGGCGUGCCGCCGGUGAUGACGGCGCAGGAGAUGGCCGAGUGUGCCUGUCCCGACCGGCUGGCCAUGCUCAGCUACCUCAGCCAGGUGUAUGACGCGCUGCACGGAGAGAUUCCCUACGUGAAGCCGAAAAUCGCGGAGCUGCUGCGGGAGGAGGUGGUGGACCCGGGCGGCGGCCGGCGGCCCGUCCCAGGACGCUCCCAGCCCGACGGACGACGCUCCUCGCUCAGCGAGAACGCGCGCAAACAGCGCAAACGCAAGAGCGACGCCGCCAAAGAUAAGCCGCCGCGCCAGGCCGCGGACGAUCCGUUCGCGCCGCCCGAGAUCGGCCCCCUAGACCCGUCCAAGGUGGCGCUGGUGGCCGCCGCAUUCGGCGACACGUACCAGUACGAGCCGGGCCCGGACUCGGACUCCGGACCGGAAACGGACGGCGAGCGGCCGGCGGCGGGCGCGUCCGACUGGCCCGGCCGUCCGCAGCUGCCCGUGGCGGCGCUGGAGGCGCGGCUGGCCGCCCUGGAGGCCGCCCACGCCGCCGAGCCGGAGCGGCGCCAGCAGAUCCGCCAGCAGCGCCGCCAGCUGCGCUCCCUGGCCCAGCGCAAGGCCGAGCUGGAGGCCGCCCUGAUGGAGACGGGGGGCGGCGGAUCGGACGGCGGCACAGGACCGGAUGACGCCAGUCUGCACCUGUACCGGCGCACGGCGGCGUCCUUCGAGCAGCGCCGCAUGAAACUGCAGGAUAUGGUGUUUCAUCCCGGUCGCGUGAUCCAGGACCUGAAGAAGGAUCUCGCUCCUGGCGGAGCGGGACCCAACAAAAAGGAAGAGUUCGCCACCAAAAUCAAGGAUCUCGAGGCCAAGUUCAAGGGAAAUUACGUUCCACCAGACAAGAAACCAAAGGACCUGUCCCGGGCCAUCGGCCGUAUCGAGAAGACCGACUGGAACGUCCGGGAGAUCGAGCGGAAAAUCGAGGACAGCAAGAAGGUGCACACGAGCCGCGAGCCCGCCCAGCCGGUGCCCAUGUGGAGCAAGGACAUGUUCGACGAUAAGUACCAGGCGAUGCGGAAUCUGGCGGAGCGCGGCGCCGUGCCGCCGGAGACGCUGCGCAAGUACGCCGACAUCGACCAGCACCUGCGGCGACUGGAGAUGAAGCUUCGGGAGGGCACCACGCGCGACGUGGGCCAGCGGGGCUCGAACCGGGUCUCGCAGAUGGCGCAGCAGUUCUUGGACAGGGCCGACCGGGCGCCGCCGGCCGAAAAGAAGACGGAGGCGGGUGCGGCCGAGGCGUGCCACUUCUGUAACGAGCGCGUGUACCUGGUGGAGCGGAUGUCGGCAGAGGGCAAGUUCUUCCACCACGGCUGCUUCCGCUGCGAGUACUGCGGCACCGUGCUCAAAAUGAUGAACUACGCGUUCGACCAGGACUCUGGCCGGUUCUUCUGUAUGCCGCACUUUGGUCUCCACUCGCUGGUUAAGUACAAGUACCAGCGGAAACCCGAACAGCCGACCGACACGCCUGACAAGGGGAGUCUCUCUGUGCCCGGCGCUGCGGCGCGCGGCGCCACACCGGAACGUGCCGAGUUUGAGAACAGCGUGCUGGCUGUGGCGCCCGAGGAGCGUCUGUCUGAGAUGGACGAGGACGAGUGGACGGACCACAACUUCGGCAUGUCGGCGGCCGAACUCACCAGCGAGGACCUUCUCGAUGGAGAGGACAGUGAGGACGAGCUCUCCUCGUCCGACUCGGACGAGUACGAGCCGGCUCUGGACGAGGACGAGGUACUCCGACUGGCCGAGCGCUGGCGCCGCAGACACUCGCAGGACCCGCUCGACGAGCCCAGCGACCUGUACGAGUCAGACGGCUGCGAUCGGGACGGAGACGACUCUGACACGGCGACCCAGUCGGAGACUGAGGACGACGCAUCGGCCCGACUGCGGCGCCAGCAGGAGGUACACCUGGCAGAGGACGUACUCAAGUCGCGCAACCGCAGCAGCAAGCACGGCGACACCAGCGACACGGAGACGUCCUCCGACUCGGACUCCUCGUCCUCGGAGGAGACCACCUCCUCCUCGGAGGACGAGGACGCCACGGAGGUGGCCACCGACUCGGAGUUUGACGACGCGCCGGCCGCCGCGCCCCGGCCGCUGCCCACCAUCGUCAUCGAGAACUCGGCCGUCAGCGAGGCCACCUCGCCGGAGCCGGGCUCGCCGCGGCCCGGAGAGCGGCCCGAGCCGAUCGCGGGUUUGAAGAAGUCGGCCACCACUGCGGAGGCGAAACGCUCCACGGCAGAAGAGGAAGAGGAGGAGGAUUCCGUGGCGAAGAUCAUCCGUGAGGCGCGGAAGAGCGCGCCCUCGCAUCGACCCUACCUCAUCCAGCGUACCGAGUCGAGCGAGGCAAUCGCCUGGAAGAAUUCGCUGGAGCUAAAGCGGAAGUAUCUGACGGAGCAGACGGCACCGUACGCUCCGUCCAAGUCUCAAUCCACCACAGACCUGGACAGUCGCGUCAAGACGUUCAUGAGUCGGAUCUCGGAGACGCAGAAGCUGCUGGGCGCACGGCCGGCGGCGGCGCCGGCGGUGCGGCCGUCGUCUGGCGUUCGACAGACACUGGAUUCGCGACUGCCGAGCCUCUCCAGUCGGUUAGCUGCCGGCGGGACGCUGACAUCGACAGCAAGCACCACGGCGUCGACGGCUGCGGCGGGGACCACGUCAGCGGUCACCUCACGUCUGGGCUCGCCCCUGACGAGAACCCUCUCCGCGUCUCCGGCAGUACCGGUGGCAACACCAGCACCCGCUCCGGCGGCGGCCGCUGCCGCUGCGUCCGUCAGUGCUGCGUCCCCUCCUCCCCCGCCGCCCGCUAGUCCUCCUCCCACCUCCCCUCCGCCUCCCGUGCCGUCCGCGUCCCCGCCCGCCUCUCCUCUUCCACCUCCCGUGCCGGAGGUUCCUCCACCAGAGACCUCCGAGACGGGCGGCAGUGAGUUGGACGACGCGCCGCCCUCCGGGGUGGUACCGGCCGCCGCCACCGCGUCAGCCAUCACCCCCGGCACGCCGCCGACUGUCUCCAGUUCCACCCCGUCCUCCAUCAGCUCCGGCUCGGAGCAGGCCGGUGCCGCGGCGCCGCCUCCACUGGAGGCCGCCCCCAGCCAGGACUCGGCCGGUCAGGAGCAGAUGGAACUGGAGGAGAGCCUGACGGAUAUAUCGGUGGUGGAUUCGCAGAGUGGAGAGGCGCGCGCGGCCGUGCUGGCGGCGUUUGCCGAGACGAUGCACUCGUCUCUGAGUGAGGGUACUGAUCUACAGACGUCUCCGCCGCCCACCCCCACCGUGAAGGAACAGCCAGCGAAGGCAGCGACGGCAGAAGCUGAGAGAGUAGAAACUGCGCCGCCGGCUGGGGUGGACUCGUCGGAGCAAAUGGAGGCUGCGUCGGCGGUCAGUGUCGUGAAUGAUCCUGAUCAGACACCUGCUGGCGCUGGGUCGGCAGACUUGCCGGUGCCGGUCGCCGAGCCCACGUCUCUGGACGUCUCGCCGGCUGACUUUGACGCCCUGCUGGGUGGUCUGGACGUGACGCGUCUGGAGGAGAAGUUUGAGGGUGUAUGUGGGGAGCAGGAGACAUCCGCCGCGGCCUCUCCUGCUCCGGCGGAUGCGAAGGAUGCUGUGGAGGGUGAGCUGUUGAAGAGUGAGGAGCCGAUGCCUGCUGAGUCUGAAGAUCUUCCGGUUUGUAGCGAGCCUGACGCGUCUGCCGCUGCCCCUGUCGCGCCUGCCGCUCCGGCCGCGGCCAUCACACCGGCUGCUGAAGCUCCGGAGCCGACCGUCGCAGACGACACCGUGUCAGCUCUUCCACCCAGCAAGGCGGCCGCUCUCGACGUCACCCGUCUGAUCGAGGAGAACCGCACGCUCCUGUCUCAGAUCCGACGGCGCCGGUCGAGCGGCGAGCCGGUGUCUCCGGCACGCCGCUCCGCCGAACCGGAGCCGCCGCCACCUCUCCCGACUCUCCCGCCGGCGACGGCCGACUCGGUCGAGUCGCCGGGCGAGUCUGCGGCGCGCGACGCCACCGAGCUCGACCUCUCUGACUGGGCGCACGAGUCGGAGGUGGCCAGCGUGGCGGACGUGCCGCACGAGUUCCGCGUGGACGAGAGGUUUGUGACGGUGCGGCGCGGUACCGGGGAGAAGGCCAACCUGGCCACCCUCAGUGACUUUGAGGACGACGUGUCGGAGCUGCCGGAGGACCCUGUAAAAGCGCCGCCUCCCGUGAAACAGGAGGAGGAAACGAGAGAUGUGUUUGAUGAUCUGGAUUUCGCGGACAACAGUGCCAGUGGGGACGAGGGAGGGGCGCCACCGCCGCCAGCGGCUAAAAAUCGGGGUCGGUGUGAGUAUGUGUACCCUGAUGCGGCUGCUAGUCCGCCCUCGCCGUCUUCCGAGGCUAAAGACAGUAAGGUGGAUAUUCGAGGCACGGCGGACCGCAUCUCAGCCCCGCCGGGAGCGCUGGCCGGCCGCGCAGGGGUGGUCACCCGUCCGGGGGGCGCCGGCCGCGCGGCCAGGCCGCUCUCGGCCGGACCCAUGAUGGCUGUGCACUCAGCGCAGGGUUCGAUCGCUGCCUCCGGGUCAGGUGCGGGUUCGGCACCGAAGAGCACGCCCACGCCGGCCCCGAGGUCCGCGCCGGCCGCCGCUCCGGUCCCCGCGGCGAGUCCAGCGCCGGUGGCUGCGGCACGAACCCCGGCCAAGUCUCCGGCUACACCGCGAGCGGCGAGAAGCGCCGCGGCGCCGCCGGCCCGCGCCGACAUCAAGGUCUCGCCAAUCGUGGAACAGGCGAGCGCUCGUCUGCUGCUGCAGCGUAGUCCCACAGACUCCGCCAUCAUGCUGAGUCAGCGCCCGGGGGCGGCGGCCAGGCCGGGAGCGCCGGCGCCGCGCGCUCAGCAGGGCAGCCUGGUGCGUGAUCUGGUGCUGAGCCGCGUUAAAUCGCCGGAGAGACAGCUGAGGAAGCGGCUGUCCUCCCCGGCGUUUGGCCCACGCGUCCCGCCGCCGCCGCCGCCCCCGACAGCGCCGCCGCCGGCCACGCCGCCCACGCCGCGCAGACCUUCCGUGGGUGACGCGCUGCCGUCCGGCCCGCCGCCGCCCAAACCGCCGCGCGACCCGGCCGCCGCUCUGUCUCUGUUCACACCGAGCACACCGCCGGUGCGGCCGGGCGCUCUGCGCGGAGCACUCAGCCGCAGCACGCCCAGCGUCCUGGAGCGGGCCGGCGCCGGCUCGGCGGCCGGCACCCCGGCGGGCGCCGCCAGUCCGGACUGCUCCAGCAGUCCGUCCGUGUCGCGCAGUCCGGAGCGGGGCGGUCCCGAGGGCCGCUCGGACCCGGCCAGCUGCGGCCACGACCUCGGCAAACGGGAGCACCCGCGCCGGCGCAGCAUCAUCCGGGCCAUCUCCGACAUUUUCAAGUCCGGUGAGAAGAAGGGCGGGGCGUCCAGCCCGCCUCCGGGGAGCCCGCCGGAGCGUCGGCGCAGCUCGGCCAGUCCCACCCGGGCACCACAACAGCCGCAGCCACAGCAGCAGCAGCCGGCGCCCUUCGUCAAGGCCAACUCUGUGCGCGACAAACUGGGACUCAAGUUCCGCAGGGGAAAGGAGCGGAGGUCUGACGGCGGGCCCGAGUCGCCUCGCACCUCUGGAGAGCCGCCGUUCGCCGGCCCGGCCGCUGUGCACAGCCCCGACGCUUCUCUGUCGGAGUCUCUAAGCCAGUCUCAGUACAGCGAUGCGGCCACUCCGGGCGGCUCGCUCACCAGACGGGCCAAGACCAGCCGCGCCGCUCGACACGCCGAAAUGAGGAGGCUGCAGCGGGCGCAGGAGCUGCAGCGUCAGCUGGACGAGGUGGAGGUGCGACAGCGGGAUCUGGAGCAGCGCGGCAUCGCCGUCGAGAGGGCCAUCCGUGGAGAGGGCGGGCAGGCCUCCGCCGGCGUGGACGAGACGACGCUGAUGCACGAGUGGUUUGAGCUGGUGCACGAGCGCAGUCUGAUGGUGCGCCGCGACCAGCUGCUGCAGCUGCAGCUGCAAGAGCUGCAGCUGGAGGACCGCCACGACCGGCUGCAGCUGGAGCUCAGAGAGAGAAUGGCCACCAGCGACGCCCAGAAGUCGGCCGAUGACGUGGAGCGGGAGCGGCAGGUGGUCAGCUCGCUGCUGGAGAUCUCCGAGCAGCGGCGCUCGCUGCGCGCCGCCAUGGACUCGGAACAGGAGAGACUGGCCAGCGAGUGUGAGUCGACCGAGGGCCGCCGCGUCGCCGCCGCCAGCCUCGUCUCCCCGCCGGGAGAGCCGGCAGAGUCGACCGUCUAGGCACGGCCGAGACGCCCUCCAAACGCCCAAAGACGCCCGGAGACUGCGCCGGCUCCCAAAGACGCCCAAGGUGCGCCCGCCGGUGCCCACCAAGGUUCGCUCGCCGCGUUUAGCGCGCAGAGCUCGGCUCCCGAGCCGGGUGUCGGUGCUAGAGCUGCCGUCGGACGCUGGCCGGGGAUGGCCGUGCCGCAGCCGCGGGGUGUAGGGAGUUGUAUUUUACCAAAGUCGACCGACCUGUCCUGGUUAAUCCCACCUAGCGUAUAGGUGCCCAGUCUGUGUGAGAGGCCGCGCAGUUGGACCGACCCAGCGGGACAGGGUCUGAUCUGCCGGUGGUCGCUCCCGCGGGCACUCGCUGCCUGGGGGUCAGGGUCAGCUUUAACCCGCCGACAGAACUCGCGCGCGCCCGCGCGGUUUACGUUAUCAGCUAGGUGUUAGUUUUAUCCGUGCUCCUCGCCGUGUUCGGACGCUUGAUUGUGAACUUUUGUGAGCGGGUUGUGGCGCCAGUGAUCACAUUUUGUGACGCGUCGCCGCCGGGGUCCCCUUGCCGGCCAGAGUUUUAACGAGCGGUGAUAUUUAUUUUAAACGAAACACCGCGGCAAUCACCCUACGCAACGACGGCUGAUAUUAUUGUGGUGCGGCGGCGCACGGGCCGGACCGACAGACGGAGAGUGCCUUGGCUGUCAGGGCUCGCGCUAUCAGCUGGGCUCGCGGGCGCCGCUCCGGCCGCGCCGAGUCUGUGUCGUGCAGUACUGUGCGUUGUUUUAGCCGUUUUGUUAACUUAACCGACUCAAAGCUGCUGCUCUGGGGCAGCCGAUUAGUUGUCUUUCUGCCUCAAACGCGUACUUUUUUGCCGCCUGCCUUUGUAAUGAAUAUUAACGAAUUUGAA